UUGAGCACGUAGGCAAAACAAUUGUGUGAAGUAAAAAUACGAAGCAUUGUAUUGAUAUUUGUGUACUGGUAGUAAGUGAAGUAUGCCUUCCAAAAAUAAAGUGGAGGAGGAAACCAGUCUAUUGAAAAGUGAGAGUAGCAUUGACGAGUAUGGUGAUAAUGGCUUUACCUGUACAACAGGGUAUAAACAGGAUUACUAUACCUGGCGGAGAGAUCAGAUAGCCAAGGAGAAAUUGGAAGCAAAGACGCGAUGGUUUGUUUACAUCAGCCACUUCCUGUCCGCCUGGGGCGACAGGAUGUGGUCCUUUGGAGUCGGAAUUUUCCUUGUUCAGUUGGAGCCAAUAUCCCUCAGACUGGUUGCUGUCUACGGAUUCGCUAAUGGCGGUGCCAUCUUGUUACUGGGAGCCAUCGUUGGCGACUGGGUCGACAAGACAGCCAGACUUUCUGCCGCGAAGUGGACGUUAGUGAUACAGAACCUGAGUGUGUGUCUGUGUUCCAUCCUGGUGUACUUCGUAUUCCAGUAUCAUGACGAGAUUAAGGAGGUGUGGCCCCAACAGGGAUUGGCCGACCUGUCCUAUGCUGUCAUCAUCAUCAUCUCGAUUAUAGGAAACCUGGCAAGCGAGGGGCGCAAAAUAGCAGUGGAGCGCGACUGGAUUGUUGUUAUUUGUGGACGAGACAAAGACUUGCUAGCAAGUAUGACCUCCUUCCUAAGAUCAAUCGACCUUACGACCCUGAUCUUGGCUCCCGUUGUCACUGGACAGAUAAUUGCCUUCACUGUGAUUGGCUACGGCGCUCUUUUUAUAGCCGCUUGGAACUUGGUGUCGGUUGUGAUAGAAUAUAUUUUUAUUGUGAAAGUAUAUGAGGAAGUGCCAGCCCUCAAAGCAGUGAAAAAUAAAGAUCGUGGAUCAGUUGAAGAACCUACUGAUAAAAAUUCUCCAUUGAUGAAUGAAGAACAAAUCACUGUCAAUGAAGAUCUUGGACCUGCAGGCAGUUCACAUCAACAAAACAAACAGCCACUGGAUCUUGAUGAAACCAGUCUUAAAACAGAGAGGGCUAUUAAAAGUAUGACGGGAGAUGAGGAGCCUGAUGAUUCAAGUUCUCGAGGAAAUUGUGGCCGUUGUCUAGGGAAGGUUUUUAAAAGCUUUAUUAUUUUGUAUCGAGGCUGGAGUACCUACAUGAAAUAUGAUGUGGCAUUCGCUGGCCUGGGCCUAUCUAUGUUAUACAUGACAGUUCUGGGAUUUGAUAACAUCACCACUGGCUAUGCUAUAUCACAGGGCAUCUCCGAAUCUAUUUUGGGAUUUUUAAUGGCAGCUGGUGCCCUUGUAGGAAUUCUGGGAACUGUUGUCUAUCCGUACAUCCGGAGACGGAUCGGCCUGGAAAGGACAGGAUUAUUUGGCUUUUUGGCCGAGAUUCUCGUCCUCACAUUGUGUGUGGCAGCUGUUUGGGCACCUGGCAGUCCUUUUGAUCUCCUCUAUAAGUCGAGACUUCCGAAAGGGGAGAUGGUUGAUUUAAAUAAAUGUAAUAAUGUCAGUUUAAUUGAUAAUAAUCAAACAAUUAUUUUUGCUACAAAUGAAACAACUCUGGGAUAUAAUUACACUUCAGAUUUGAUUCUAGCCAAUCAGAGUGUUUUAUGUAACGCGACGGGAGGAGGAGAAAAUGAAGGACCGGACUCCUACAUCUCUAUUUCACUGUUGAUGGGCGGAAUAAUUGCUGCUCGAUUUGGGCUUUGGAUUGCUGACCUCACUAUCACACAACUUUUCCUUGAAGCUGUCGUUGAACGUGAACGUGGAAUCGUCAAUGGAGUUCAAAGUUCACUGAAUCAGUGCGCAGACAUGUUGAAGUUCCUGAUGGUUAUAGUAGCUCCGGAACCAGAGGUGUUUGGAAUCCUUGUCUUGAUCUCAUUUUCUUUUAUUUGUAUUGGGUGGGUGUUUUAUGCUAAAUAUUCGAGGUCAGCUCGUGGACAUCUUUUCCAUUUUGAAAAAGUUGCGGUCUGUUUGGAUUCCAAAAAAGAUUUACCUGUAACAGACAUGACACAGAGAGACGAUGACGACAGUCGAAGUAGAUCCUGAUUAAAUUCACCAUGGACAGCAUUUCAAUACAUUUUUGCUCAAAUAUUAAGAGGUUUGUACCUUGCCAAUUGGUAGUAACGCUCGAUUCCAUUAGAUGAUGGGUGGCCUGAGUAACACUGGCUAAAUAGUGGGCUGUUCAAAUCGUCAUUCGUCAGUCAUUCGUCUGUAAAGCAAUCCUGGUUAAUUAUGAUUUUGAGUCUUAUGAGGAAAACAAAACGGCCAACAGGUGGCCAUCUUGGAUUUUGACAGUUGAAGUUUGGUCAUCACAAAUUCUUGUUAAGUCCUCAAGGAUGUUUCUCAAACUUGAUUGGUCCAUUUCCCUAAAGACCUUGUUGUACUUGAUCAAUAUCUUGAGAAUGAUCAGUAAAAAAUUGCCAACAGGUGGCCAUCUUGGAUUUUGACAGCUGAAGUUUGUUAUUUCUAACUCAUAUUAGUAGUUCUUUGUAACUUUUUCCAUGUUCAGUUUUGCCAUUGAUCAGAUAAGUACAAGUAAAUUUAAAAAAAAAUUCAAUAGAACUGUGAUGUAUUACGAGGAAAGAGGAGAAAAGUACAGAAAUUACAAAAAAAAUCAAAAUUAAUUAGAAUCAUAGACUUAUAGAUAAUAGAUGGAACCAGUUAACAUCAGUUCAAUGGUGGGCACCAAAUUUCCUUCGGGAUAUCUUAAUACAGAUGUUACUUUGGGUAGUUGCAGUCCUCAGGGUUAUUGGCACAACCAACUGGCAUUAUUUUUCGUGACAAAAACUUUUCAUUUGAUGACAAUAAGUGUGUUGCAGUGUGGGAGAUGAAAUUGUGUUACGCAGACUUUGUAUGAUUUUUUUUUGUUACAUAUUCACACUUUUAUAGAAUGAAUAAUUUUUGAUAUUUCACUGGUAAAAAUGUAAUAAAUGUUGAUCCUUUUAGAAUUGUGACUCAUUACUGGGAAACAGGGUAUGUUGAUCCUGUUAGAAGUGUGACUCGUUACAGGGGAACAGAGUGUGACUUGUUACAACAGACCAGGGUAUGUUGAUCCUGAUAGAAUUGUGACUUGUUACAGGACAAGGUAUGUUGAUUCUGUUAGAAUUGUGACUCGUUACAGGGGAACAAGAGUAUGUUGAUCCUGUUAGAAGUGUGACAAGUAUUCCACCUAUAGAUGUGUAUAUGUGGUGUUGCUCUGGUGCUAUGACAGACCUUGUACUAGGUUGUUUAUAACAUCUGUAUAAUUAAUGGAGUUUUUGUGGUGGGAAGGUGCAAAUAUUAUAUUCAAGUUGACACCCUCUUCAGAGAAAACAUGUUCAUACAACUGUAUAUACUAUAAACAUUCUAGCCCUUUUUGUGCCAGAAGCAUUACGCUAAACUAUAAUUGUGCUAAUUUUACUUUCUAUUAACUGUUUCUAUAUAAAAUAAUUUUGGUGUGCAAUUCAAUGAGAUAAUCUGUUAAAAAUUUGGAAAAAUGCUAAAGUUUGAGUGUGCCAAAUAAAGUACAUUUAUAUACAAUUACUGAUGUAUUUUACGUCACACCUUGUAUUUUCUUUUUAUUCUUAAAAAACUUCUACAAACUGUAAGUGGGCUUUUUAGCUCACCUGAACGUGAGCUUAUGUCAUACCGUGGCAUCUGUCGCCGUCAGUCAACAAUCUUAACAAAAAAAACCUCUUCUUAAUUGCUGAUUGGAAUUUAACCUUCUAGGUACUGGAAGCAUCUGUAAAUAUGAGGAAAUAGUUGGGCUGAGGGGCAGGGUCAAAAAGGAACAAUUUGCCAAUAUUGCUGUAAACUACUUCUCUUGACUAAGAGAUGGAUAUCACUCAUAUUUGACUGGUAGCAUCCCUAGGUGGUGGGGAUUCGGGUGGGGCCCAAUAGGACAAAUAUAAGCAGUUAAAAAUCUUUCUUCUCUUGUAUGAAAUUGGUGUAUAGUAUCUUUUGGGGGAAAGAAAUAUGUUUUGUAUAAAAGGUUUGUCUGACCCCCUUUGUGCCUAAAUUGCAAAGCUCAAUAGGGAAAAAAAGCUAGUUCUUUGAAAUAGUUCUUCUGUAGAAAUGCACAGUGUUUGGCCAUUUUAAGUCACUGAAAUAUGCAGGGUUGCGAUACAGGCCCUCUUGGCCUCUUGUUUUAGAAACAGUUGAUUCCCAUUGUGAGAUAUUUUUGUGGUAUAUAUAAAUAUUUUAAUUGGUGUACAAUGUUUUCAUGUAAAUAAUCAAGUAGUUUUAUGUCACGUUAAUGCAAAAAAAAUUGAACUCAAAAUAUGGUGCUCAGAAUUGUCUACCUAUAUUGAUGGGCAAACAUACUGUGAUAGAGAUAUGGCGAGUGUCAGGUUCACUUCAUGAUUUAUUGACCGGAUUUCUUUUUGUAUCGUGUCAGUAUUUGAAUUUACCUAGUAACAUUACAGACCAGCAUUUUAUAUAUUGAAGUGUUUAUAGGAACAAUUGUGUCACCGACCUAGAAAUAAAAUUUUAGCUAAAAGAGAUAAAUUGCAUAUACAUGUAUAAUAAAAUAUUAUGUCCCUGCAUCAAUUCACUGAAAUGAAUUUGUGUUAAGGCUGUAUGCUACUUUGUCCAUACUGUACAAUAUUACUUACCGAUACCUUUCAAAAGCAAAAUUUUGAAAAUUGAGGAAAAAUAGAAUAAUAGGUGACUGGUUUAUACCAUUACGUUUGACAAAUGAACACAUCAAUUGAUGAUCAGAUAUAUUUUACCCUAACCUUAUAUAAGGGAGAUAACUCUUAUAUACAUGUAGUAUUAUAUCAGGAAAUUACUCUAAUAGUGCAUUAUAUACUGAUAAGGGAGAUAACUCUAAUAUUGUGUUAUAUACUGGUAAAGGAGAUAACUCUGAUAUUGUGUUAUAUAAGGGAGAUAACUCUAAUAUUGUGUUAUAUAAGGGAGAUAACUCUAAUAUUUUGUUAUAUAAGGGAGAUAAAUCUUUGUAUUUUAUCUAUAAGGUCUUCCUUAUCAGUGAUAAUACAUAUCUGAUCUGUUUGUGACAGAUUCAUUUUUAACUUGUACCAGUGAAAUGGACAUACAGCUGGUCAGUUUGUUUUUACUGUAAAGUCAUAUGUUCUGUGAUUAAUUUUUAUCAUGAAUUAUACAAUGAUGAUUUAUAUUGGUAUAUUUGUUUUUGCUGUGACACAAAGCUGUAAUUAUUAUCAAUAUGCUAUUAAAAAUCAAAAAUAAUCAACAUAA